AUGUCUGACGCGGAUUUCGAGACGAUCAAGAAGCUCCAGCAGGAGCGCAAUGCUGCCGCUGCCGCUAAGAAGGGACCGCGUUCUUCGACCCAGCGGACGGACUCGACUAAGCAGAAGCUGAUUGACAGCGCCGACAAUGAACUGUACGAUAAUGAUGGCGGCAACAAAUUUGCGGGCUACCAUACCAGCCUCCCUAUGGCUAACGAGGACGAGGAGAUGGAUGGCGUGGAUACCACGCGACGCCUCGUUGGCCAGUACACAGCUUCGACCGAAAUCAUCAACGAAUUUGCACGUGGUGAUGGCGUUGAAGAGGACGAUAUUCUGGCUGGAAAGGGCGAAAAGAGUGGCCGUAUUGCCGAUCGCGAGACCGAUUACCAGAAGCGCCGCUUCAACCGUGUGUUGACCCCGACUCGCGCGGAUCCGUUUGCCGAAAAUCGACAGGCUGGCGCAGCCGAGAAUGGUACCAAUUACCGCGAGAUCAUGGAAGAGCGUGAACUUGAACGCGAAGAGGAGCGUGUGCGACGCGAAAUCCAAGCCAAGCAGGAAUCUGGCGACGCCGACGCGAGGCCCGUUUUGACCGAAGGUGACAAGGAGAACGCGGACGCUGGAUCUACAGAGGCUGUCUCUGCAGGUCGCAAGCGCAAGAAGAGGUGGGAUGUUGGCACAGGCGACGAAACUCCUGCGGAGGAGACAGCCAAACCAAAGCGCUCUCGUUGGGACCAGGCACCUGCGGUUGGCGGGCCUCUUGAAGGCGACGCUCCCAAGAAGCGUUCUCGCUGGGAUCAGGCCCCCUCUGCCACAUCCAUGGCCAAUGGAGGUCUUGCUACCCCUGCACCUCAGUCGCAGGCCGCCAUGAUGCCUGCAAACUUUGGAAGCGACAUUCGCAACCUGCCUAUCAGUGACGAAGAACUGGAUAUCCUGCUUCCUGGUGAAGAGGAAGGGUAUAAAAUCCUGCAGCCACCUCCGGGAUAUGAGCCUACCCGCGUGGCACCUCACAGGAUGGUCGCGCCGGUGGAGCAGAGUGGCUUCAUGAUGCAAGACCCCGAUCAGGUUCGGCUCGGAGGCAAACCAAUGCCGGCCGAGAUCCCCGGCGUCGGCGACCUACAGUUUUUCAAGGCUGAAGACAUGGCAUACUUUGGAAAGCUGACCGAUGGCUCCGACGAAAACGCGCUCUCUGUCGAACAGCUCAAGGAGAGAAAAAUCAUGCGCCUACUGCUCAAAAUCAAGAACGGCACACCACCGAUGCGAAAGACAGCCCUUCGACAAAUUACGGAUAAUGCGAGAAACUUUGGCCCUGGGCCUCUGUUCGACCAGAUCCUCCCGCUCCUCAUGGAGAAAACUCUCGAAGACCAAGAGCGACAUUUGCUCGUCAAGGUUAUCGAUCGCAUUCUUUACAAGCUGGAUGAUCUUGUACGACCGUAUGUCCAUAAGAUUCUUGUCGUCAUCGAGCCCCUCCUCAUCGACCAAGACUAUUACGCCAGAGUUGAGGGUCGCGAGAUCAUAUCGAACCUUUCCAAGGCUGCUGGCUUAGCAACCAUGAUCAGCACCAUGCGACCUGAUAUUGAUCACGUCGACGAAUACGUCCGCAACACUACUGCCAGAGCCUUUGCCGUCGUUGCCUCUGCACUUGGUAUCCCCGCCCUCCUCCCAUUCCUCCGCGCCGUUUGCCGAAGCAAGAAGUCCUGGCAAGCACGCCACACUGGUGUCAAGAUUGUGCAACAAAUUCCCAUUCUCAUGGGAUGUGCUGUUCUGCCGCAUCUGAAGGGACUCGUCGACUGCAUUGGCCCCAACCUGAAUGACGAGCAGACCAAGGUUCGAACAGUAACUAGUCUGGCUAUUGCAGCUCUCGCCGAAGCCUCGAACCCAUACGGUAUCGAGAGCUUUGACGAUAUCCUGAACCCUCUCUGGACGGGAGCGCGCAAGCAGAGAGGUAAGGGGUUGGCUGGUUUCCUCAAGGCUGUCGGAUUCAUUAUUCCUCUGAUGGACGAAGAAUAUGCCAACUACUAUACCAGCCAGAUUAUGGAGAUUCUGCUAAGGGAGUUCUCUUCACCCGAUGAGGAGAUGAAGAAGGUUGUUCUCAAAGUUGUGUCUCAAUGUGCGGCUACUGAAGGUGUAACCGCAGGCUAUCUGAAGGAGAAGGUUCUUGAUGAGUUCUUCAAGAGUUUUUGGGUGAGGCGUAUUGCCCUUGAUAAGCGCAACUACCGUCAAGUUGUCGAGACGACUGUCGAUAUUGGUCAAAAGGUUGGCGUCAGCGAGAUUCUUGAGAGAAUCGUUAACAACCUUAAAGAUGAGAGUGAGGCGUAUAGGAAGAUGACGGUUGAGACUGUCGAAAAGAUUGUUACCAGUCUCGGCGCUGCGGAUAUCGGAGAGCGACUUGAAGAGCGCUUAAUUGACGGUAUCCUGCAUGCGUUCCAGGAACAGAGUGUUGAAGACAUCGUCAUGCUCAACGGCUUUGGCUCAGUCGUCAAUGCUCUCGGGACGCGAUGCAAGCCAUACCUGCCCCAGAUUGUCAGCACCAUUCUUUGGAGACUGAACAAUAAGUCGGCCACUGUCCGACAGCAGGCGGCUGACCUCAUUUCGCGCAUUGCGAUGGUCAUGCAGCAGUGUGGUGAGGAUGCCCUCAUGGGCAAGCUCGGCAUUGUGCUCUACGAAUACCUCGGUGAAGAGUACCCGGAAGUAUUGGGAUCAAUUCUUGGCGCUCUCCGUUCCAUUGUUACGGUUGUUGGCAUCUCGCAAAUGCAGCCUCCUAUCAAGGACUUGCUGCCGCGCCUGACACCCAUUCUGCGAAACAGACAUGAGAAGGUCCAAGAGAAUACUAUUGACCUUGUCGGACGUAUCGCUGAUCGGGGUCCGGAAAGUGUGAAUGCCAGAGAGUGGAUGCGUAUCUGCUUUGAGCUCCUAGAUAUGCUCAAGGCUCACAAGAAAGGCAUUCGUCGAGCAGCAAACAACACGUUCGGAUUUAUCGCGAAAGCUAUUGGCCCUCAGGACGUGCUGGCAACGUUGCUGAACAACUUGAGAGUUCAGGAACGCCAGUCGCGCGUCAACACUGCCGUCGCCAUCGGUAUUGUUGCAGAGACUUGCGCGCCCUUCACGGUCCUGCCCGCCCUAAUGAACGAGUAUCGCGUGCCGGAGCUCAAUGUACAGAACGGUGUGCUCAAGUCUCUGUCGUUCCUGUUUGAGUACAUUGGAGAGAUGGCCAAGGACUACGUCUACGCCGUCACGCCACUCCUAGAGGACGCCCUGACGGACCGUGAUCAAGUCCAUCGUCAGACCGCCGCGGCGGUGGUCAAGCACAUUGCCCUCGGCGUCAUGGGACUCGGAUGCGAAGAUGCCAUGGUUCAUCUCCUCAACCUCCUGUAUCCCAACCUUUUCGAGACGAGCCCGCACGUCAUUGAUCGCAUCAUCGAGGCCAUCGAGGCCAUCCGCAUGGCGACCGGCCCCGGCAUCGUGCUCAACUACGUCUGGGCGGGACUGUUCCACCCGGCGCGCAAGGUGCGCACGCCGUACUGGCGCCUGUACAACGACGCCUACGUCCAGGCGGCCGACGCCAUGGUGCCGUAUUAUCCAAACCUGGAAGACGACAAGAUUGAUCGUCCCGAGCUUGCCAUCAUCUUAUAG